AUGAAGUUAACAAGAUUUAAGCUUAUCACGCUCCUCGUCGUAGGCGUCGUGGUGCAGAUUGGGUGCAGCGAUGCGAGAUGGGUGCAUAUACAGAAACGUUCCUUAACGAAAGAAAAUCGCGGGGGUGGUGGCGGGGGAGGUGGAGAUGAUGGCGGGAGUGGGGAUGGCGAUGGGGAUGGUGGUGGUGGGGGCAGUGGAGGCGGUGGGGGUGGGGGACGAGGCAGCGGGGGUGGGGGUGGACAUGGGGGUGGUGGCGGAAGGGGUGGGGGUGGUGGUGGGGAUGGCGAUGAUGGGGAUGGGGGAGGAAGUGGGAGUGGUGGCGGUGGGGGGAGAGGAGGCGGGAAAGGAGGCGCGAUCGACGCCAAAUAUACAAAACAAUUCACAGAUCUCUCAAAUAAACAGAGCGAGGCGGUAAACGUACAAGUUGCGAACCAGUGGAAGCAAAAGGCCGCGGAAGGGAAGGGCAUUGAAGUGGCGGGAGAAAACACGCGUCGCAAGGGUAUCGCGUAUAACAAACAGGUCGAACAGAUUCAGGACAAGGCUAUCAUGAAAGCGUUAGGAGAAGUUGGACAAGCCACCAAUGAGAUGGGAAGCAUGAUGGGUGGAAGCGGAGAUGGUGAAGGAGGCGGUGGCGGUAGCGGAGGUGGUGGCGGUGGUGGUGGCGGUGGCGGCGGCGGCGGCGGGGACGGUAGUGGCGGUGGCGGUGGCGGGAAGAAGAAAAAAGGCAACGGAAACGGAGUUUUUGGAAUCAUAGGUGGCGGUGGGGGUAGCGGAGGUGGUGGUGGUGGUGGAGGCGGCGGGGGCGGGAGCGAGAACGGUGGUGGAGGUCAGUUAAAAUUUAAAAAUGCACCGCGAAAUUCGGACAAAGUAAUUGAUUUACUUACUUCAUUAGAUGGCGAUGAUGGUGAUAAUGGCGGGAGCGGUGGCGGUGGCGGCAGUGGGGGCGGUGGCGGAUGGGGCGGUGGCGGGGGAAGUGGUGGCGGUGGUGGAGAUGGCGGAGACGAUGGCGGCGAUGGAAGCGGUGGCGGAAACGGCAAGAAGAAAGGUCGCAAAGUUAACAAAGGCAAUGGGAACGGAGGUGGUGGCGGAUGGGGCAAUGGGGGCGGCGGCGGCGGAGGCAGUGGGAGUGGCGGUGGUGGCGGGUGGGGUGAUGGCGAUGGGAACGGUGGCGGGAGCGGGAGCGGGGGUGGCGGCGGCGGCGACGGAGGCGGAAAGGGGCGUGGUUUCACUAAACCAAAACCAAAGCCGGAAGAUUUGCAUGCGGGACGAUCCCUCACGUCAGAUUCGGAGCCGGGUGACCCCAAAAAAGUGUAA